UGUAAACUCCUCAAAUUGUUUAAAAAAUCGCAACAUGACAAGUAAAAGUAAACGGAAGAGUAGUAUAUAGCUAUCUUUAAGAAUUUAUAAGUGUAGUUUCUUUCAAAAUAAACUUCAUUUUCUAUUGUGGUAGCCAUGGAUAACGGGAGCAAGCAACUACACAUCCUCUUCCUUCCUUACUUCGCCACUGGUCAUAUCAUUCCAUUAGUUAACGCCGCCAGGCUAUUCGCCUCUCAUGGCGGCGUCAAAGUCACCAUCCUCACUACCCACCACAACGCCUCCCUCUUCCGAUCUUCUAUUAACAACGAAAACGAAGAGGAAGGCCAUUCCGUUAUCUCUAUUGAGACUCUCAACUUCCCAUCCACUGAAGUUGGAUUGACUGAAGGGAUCGAGAAUUUCAGUUCCGCCUCUUCAACUGAAAUCGCGGGCAAAGUAUUUCACGGAAUUUAUCUUCUGCAGAAACCAAUGGAAGAUAAAAUUCGUGAAAUUCAUCCUGAUUGUAUCUUCUCUGAUAUGUAUUUCCCAUGGACCGUCGAUAUCGCGUUGGAACUCAAAAUCCCCAGGCUAUUGUUCAAUCAAUCCAGCUACAUGUACAAUUCCAUCCUCUACAAUCUUAGGGUUUACAAACCUCAUGAAAAAUUCAUCAAUCAAAUGGAAUCCAAUAGUACUAAUUUCUCGGUUCCGGGUUUACCUGAUAAGAUUGAGUUCAAGCUAUCGCAACUUACAGACGAUCUGAUUAAGCCUGCUGAUGAGAAGAAUGCUUUUGAUGAAUUGCUUGAUCAAACCAGAGAAUCUGAGGAUCGAAGCUAUGGUAUCGUUCACGACACUUUUUACGAGCUAGAACCUGCUUAUGCUGAGUACUAUCAGAAGAUGAAGAAAACCAAAUGUUGGCAAAUUGGUCCCAUUUCGUAUUUUUCUUGUCGAAAAAGAAAAGAGCUUAUCAGUUCGGCUGAUGAAAGUAACUCAUCUGUUGUAGAGUGGUUGAAUAAACAGAAGCACAAAUCGGUCCUCUACGUCUCUUUCGGGAGCAUAGUUAGAUUCCAAGAGGAGCAACUUGCUGAAAUCGCAAAAGCUCUAGAAGCCUCUGCCGUCCCUUUCAUUUGGGUAGUGAAGAAGGACCAAUCAGCAAAAGCCACGUGGUUACCGGAGAGUUUGUUGGAUGAGAAAAAAGGUGUGAUCAUUAAAGGGUGGGCGCCGCAACUAACCAUCUUGGACCAUUCAGCGAUAGGAGGAUUCAUGACACACUGUGGAUGGAAUUCGGUGCUGGAAGCCAUCAUCGCAGGCGUGCCGUUGGUGACAUGGCCAGUGUUUGCUGAACAAUUCUACAAUGAAAAGCUUGUGGAAGUAAUGGGGCUAGGAGUGAAAGUAGGGGCAGAAGUCCAUAACUCCAACGGAGGUGUUGAGAUAUCAAGUCCUGUGUUAAGGAGAGAAAAGAUAAAAGACGCCAUUGAGAGGUUAAUGGGAAAUUCGGAAAUAAGAGAUAAAGCAGUGAGUAUGAGUAAGAUGGCUAAAAAUGCGGUGGAAGAAGGUGGAUCUUCAUGGAACAAUCUCAGUGCUCUCAUUGAUGAUAUCAAGAAUUUUAAUUCUUCCUCAUUGAAGAUCAUGGAUUAACACUUUAAAGUUUUAGUCUUUCUAAUAUGCAUGCAAGAAUCAUAGUCUAUCUAAUAUGUACGUACUAGUUAGUACAACUUAAAUAAAGACAAUACUUUUAUGGUAAACUGACAGUA